AGGCUUCAGAGACUAGUUGGAUACCUUACAACCCAUCUUUCCUAUAAUACUGCCCCUUGCCCCCAACAUGGCUUGGUAGAUUAUCUGAUCUUGGUGUUUUAUCUACACAGAUUUUCCAGAUAAUAAAUGACCAUGGCGGAUCAGACCGACUUGCACGAACUUGAGGCUGACAUGACACGGGUGAUGCAGCGUCUCUUCGACUACUUGGGUGACGUCGUCAAUAAAGCCGUUGAGAUUGACGCGAGGUCGAAGAGACUGGAAGAUUCCGUCGCCCAGUUGGAGAGGAGAGUAGCUUCGUUACAGAAAAACCGAGGUGCCAGAGUGACUUUCGCAAAUCCCGAGGUUCAGUCGCCCCAGAAGCCAACAGCGCCGCAAUCUAACAUUAGAGCGCUCGAUGACGAUCUAGUUUCGGCCCUGAAGGCUCGUCGCCCCGAAAUUCCGAGCUUGCUCAACAAACCCAUGGACAGCUCGAAGCUACCAACCGAGCCACGCAGAGCGCCAAUGCGCCCUCCUUCCUUCCUGCCCGCUACUCCGCCUAGAAAGCACGCAACUAAAGUUGGCCAUGAUCAAGCGGGGAAAAGAAUAAAAAAAGCAUCACUCGACUCUUCGUCGCCGCCCUCCAAGGCCCCAGACCACGGCAUCCCCGCAGAAUCUCAUUACGUCGGCGUCGAAAGACAGUCCACCAGCUCUUCAACCCGCAGCGAUCCAUUCCUCAAUCCGCUUUCCUCCCCUGCUCCAGCCAGAGGCUCUCUUUCCCAGCUAUCUCCAGUCGGACGGUACGCACCCUGCCCGCGUUCUCGCUCAACGCGCCGACUAGGCAGUCCUCUCAAGUUCUCCGCAUUCGCAUCGGUAGCAGAAGGACAAGAAGAUAAAGACGACGAGUUCAAGGACGAUGGUGAUUUGCCGAUGGUCGACGUGUCGGCUCGCCCAUCCACUGAAGACUCUGACCACGAUGCUGAGAAGAUGGACGAAGAGAGUAAUAACUGAGGCGAUUGAUGGCUCAACACGCAGCACGAACUAGACCGAACAAUCAUUAGGGUACGAGUAGACAGUGUCAUGUCUAGGGGAGACAGUUCUUUAUGAGUGGAUGUUAGUCGUCUCACGUGAGAUGAGAUAUCAGGGGGAGUUGGGGUAGUGCUGGUCAUGGUUGAGGGUGCAUGUCUCAUAGGAUGAGCUUUGUUGGAUACAGUUGUGCAUAAACGUGAGAUGGCGUGUGCGCUAUUCGCUAUUCGCUUGUUAAUUGAGAUCCUGUGAAGCAGAGGAUUUCUGAACUGAUUUUCGGGUUUACGUUGUACUGUUUUUAGGGAUCUCGGGCACUAAUAGACUUAAUGCUAGGACGCAUAAUCACAUCGUAGCGCUCAUGAAAUUGUGCUAGAGAUCCCACUGUAACAACAUGAUUGUAAUGUACCACGGC